AUGGCACAGCCUUCACCUCUCGCCCAGCCAGGCGAGUCUGGACGUUCUUCAAGUCCCAGUCUCAGUCUCACUCCCACAAACGCCGCGGCGGGCCAGAAGAGGAAAAGAGCCGCGGAACGGAAAUUCUACGCAGUCAAGGAGGGCAACAAGCCUGGAAUCUACGAAACAUGGCCAGAAUGCUUGAGCCAAGUCAAGGGAUACAAGGGGGCAGUCUUCAAAACAUUCCCAAGUCUUCAUGAAGCUCAAGCAUGGAUCGAUGGCAAGCCUUUGGCAGAGUCCAGGGUCAACCCGGCGGAUCAGAAAUUCUACGCAGUUCAGUGCGGGAAAGUCCCGGGAGUUUAUACGGAUUGGACACAAGCUCAGGCUCAGAUUCGCGGCUUCAGUAAACCCAAACACAAGAAGUUCAACACAAGAGUGGAAGCAGAGGCGUUUGUGGCGGCCGGGAAAAAGCCAAGCGGUCCUGAUCAAGCACAAAACCUCACGCCCGAAGAGGAAAUCCGACGGUUGAUUGUACGCAACUCUGCUCCGGGGCUGCAAAUCGACGGAACGUAUGCCCCGACGGAUAAAGAUGGAAAUCCCUACGAGGUGUCACGCCGACCGUUGCCGCCUGGUGCAGAAGACGGCUAUGAUCCAAAUGUCAAGUUGGCGCCUGACGGUAGGAUCGUAGACCGGACUGAAGACGAAAAGAAACAGACGAAGAUGAUGACAAGGGAGAAGAACCCUCCGGGUAUGCUUCGAAUAUACACCGAUGGAUCGAGCUUAAAGAAUGGUCAAGCCGGAGCCAGAGCAGGAGUAGGGGUGUUUUUCGGACCUCAAGAUCCCAAGUAUGAUACUUCCAAAUCCAAAUCCAAAGCCAAGCGUCCCAAGACUCAGCGCGUCUAUACAAUGGACUGGACCGCGCGACGGCAAGGUCCAGACUCUCCUGAUGCGAACCAGCAACAAAAAGAAGACGAGUCGGGAGAAGAAGAAAACAAGCUAACGAACUGGCGUUACAGAAAUGUUUCCGAGGCACUCAAGGGCAGCAAGCAGACCAACCAACGAGCGGAAUUGACGGCUAUCCUACGUGCAUUGAACAUUGCUCCGUUGCACCGAGAAGUCACCAUCUACACGGAUAGCAAGUACUCGAUUGAAUGCGUGACGAAUUGGUACAAGAACUGGAGGAAGAAUAAUUGGACCAACGCCAAGGGGAAGCCGGUUGAGAAUAAAGACUUGGUCGUGGAAAUCCGAGACAAGAUUGAAGAAAGAGAACAGUUUAGUAAGGGCACGUAUUUCGUUUGGGUCAAAGGCCAUACCGACAAUCCAGGCAAUAUCGCUGCUGAUCGACUGGCUGUGGCCGGGGCGAUGAACGGGCGCGGAAUCGAGAAUGAGGGUGAGGACGACAACGACGACGACGACGACGGUGGUGGUGACAAUGAUAAGAUGGACAAGAGGGUUCCAAAUUCUGAUGGCGGCAAACUGAAAAAUGGCACCCAGUAUGAUGACGAAGACGACGAGACGAAAGCAGCAUUUGGUGCGAUGGAUGAAGCCAUGGGAUGA